AUGGCUCCCUCCAGGUCGAGCACGAAGCCGUCGCAGGCUUCAGCGGCCUCCAACGGCGACACCUCCGCACCACUGGCCGACUAUUUCUUCAUAUGCGGCAUUGAAUCGUCACAGGUAUACGAUGAGAAACUUGCCAACCUACAAACAGCAGCCCCGGUGGAGGACACGAUCGACGAGGACCGCGAACUUGAGAUUGACGAUACCCGGCCCACAACCCCGGGCUCACCAGAGCAUGGUCCACGAAUAUCGCGGUACAGCUUUGAGGCGAGAAAGAGCGUGGGAAGCAUAAACUUGGGAGAAGAGACCAUAUCCGCAAGCAAUCGUAGCAGUGCAACAAUACGGCCAUUGAAGAUUGGAGGAUCUGGUUUGACAGACGAUGAUUUCGACCAGGUGCUUAAGAAGUUUGCCUCGGACCGGGACAGCUUUCUUGAGGACAUGCACAUUGCAGCUGGUACCGUCACCACUCAGACGCAGAACAGAAAAGCGCGGCCGAAGACGGUUCGCAUAACUCCGCAUGAGGAGAAUGGAGGCAUCAAGAGCGGCGUUGGUAGUCUUCGGAGAAGAUUGUCGACGAUGAACAGCACGAAACGAGCAUCCUCGGUCAUGAGCAAGUCGUCUGCGAGACAGUCGAAGCGAUUGAGUGGAUACAACUCUGUGAUACCAUCACCGCAGCCGUUCCAAACCACGCCAGACAUGCACCCGCUAAAGCGGAGGUACGAGCCGGUGCUCCUCGACCGGUACCCUACAAAGCACAUGGCCGACGAAUCGAAGCGACGAAAACCUUUCCCGGAUUAUGUGCCCAUGUUCACCUUCCCGAACGAUGUCACAGUCGUUUCGUCAGACGAGAGGCCGCGGUCAACAUGGCACGGCUUCGCCAUGACCAACUCGGACAAUAGCAAGCUUUACGGUAUAUGUGUGAUCUUGUGGGUGCCAUUGAAUGAGUCGGCGUCAGAAGCGCUCGAACGACAGUGCGAAGAGUGGAGGAGGGCGAAUAUGAGCAAUGAAGAGCGGGAACUUGCGAGCAGUCUGGGCGAGAGAUUGUCGGCGGAGCGAGCAAAGUUGAGCAGAUUAUUGGCAGAACUUCCGUCGGUUGCUUCGGAAUCAGAGGCGCGUGAGAUGUUGGAGGAUGAGAUCAGUGCUGUUGAGGAGAAGAUUGGACUCAUGACAGAUCUGCUCAGACCGGUACGACACGGCGCUGCGUCGAAAAUCGAUGGACUGACGGAAGGCGAUACUGGAUUCUGGAUACCGCGAGCAUACGGCAUUCUUGGGAGGGAUGGAACUCUGACUGGAUUCUGGAAGGAAUGGCUGAAGACUAUGGUCGUACCAAUGACGGGAGGCGCAGUGUUGCGAGUGCCUCCCAGCUCACCGAAAGUCGGACUUUGGCAACCGCUGGAGCGAUACAUCUGUAAUCUGUGCAUAGAAGCACUCAGUCCGAUAACGUCCAUCACGCAGGUCGAGGUCGGCGUUCGAGAGUUGCGGCUAUAUGCUCGGAAAGAGGCCAUCAACGAGCUUCCAGGAUCGCGUGGUACAGAUCUUUACGCUCUGUUCCGGUGCCUCACGAUCCCGAACAUCAUCACUCUCUUCGAAUACGCUCUGGCCGAAUCGCGGAUCAUCCUUCUCUCCUCCCACACAUCCAUGCUGCAGCUUGCAACAUCGGCACUGAUCAGCCUCAUCUACCCUCUUAAGUGGACCGGUGUGCUUAUUCCAGUCUUGCCAUACAGACUGAUCCAAGCGCUUGAGGCUCCGUGCCCGUACAUUGCAGGCGUGGAGCGACGGUACGAGAAACUCGAACUUCCAGACGAUGACUUCUGCAUUGUGGAUCUGGAUCAGAACACCAUAGAGAGCACCGAGCCGCCCACACAGCUGCCGAGACCCCAGAGGAGAAAGCUGCAAGCUCUUCUGCAAGCAGCAGCUCCUCAUCACACUCGCUACGGUGUACCGACAGGACCUCCUGCAUACGCGGUCGAAACCUUCCCAUACGAUGCCUUUUCCUCCGAGAAUCCUCAAAUCUUUAACCCGAGAGCUACGCCCUCGACUCUAGCCGCGUACGUCAGCGAGAGUUCGACGACAUUCGGCGAUUCGUCUAGCCUCCCAGCUCAGUCGCGUGCGCCAGUGUUCAAUGCAUUCCUUCAGCAACGACCCGACGCGUCAAGGACUGCUGGCAGCGAUCGACCCUCCACCAGCUCGACUGGUGGUCACAGCCAAUCAUCGGGCGCGUCACCGCCGAAUUCGUCAAGAUCGCCGACAUCAGGAUCCUUCCCGAGUGUUAUUUCACGAAAUGACUCUGGCUACACUCUGCAAUCGACGCUGCGAGAGAAGCGAUCAGGUCAUUUCGCAGACACGCUCAAGAGGCGCAACUCUGCUUUCGCUCUCGAUCGCAUGGGAACCAUGCGUCGCCCUUCGGCGCCAAUAGGUCACCAUCCGAGUAUGUCGACAUCGACUCUAGGCGCCCCAUCGCACUACGCUCCUAGUGUGUACGCGCCGAGUACGAUGGCUGCCAGCACAAUCCUCCAACCAAUGACGAUCCAGCCUGUCCGCGACGACGAGAUGACGAAGUGGGCGGAGGGCCAUUGCUUGUCCAAACGCACUCCAGACGGAAAGACGCCAUGUAGCAUCUGCGACGAGCGAUGCGACGACAGCAUGUUCCGCUGCAGUGGCUGCGGCAUCGUCGUUCACGGUCGCUGCACCCCAGCCGUCUGCAUCGUCUGCCCGGUCGCCUUCCGCGCCGACCAAGUCCGCGCCGCCUUUGUCCGCUGCUUCGCCUCACUGUUCUACACCUACCGCCGCUACAUGCACCCGGCUUCCGGCGACAGCAAAAAAUCCGGCCUCAUCUACCACUUCAACAUGGACCAAUUUCUGCGCAGCGUACCUCACGGCGACUCGGAUUACAUGAACAUGCUCCGGCAGACUCAAGCCUUUAACGAAUUCAUCCACGAACGCGAGGCGACUCGCUCAGAGGAUCCGAGCAUCAAGCUCUUCGACGAGAUUAUUCUGAGUAAACGCAACCGCGGCGGGAGGAGUCUGUUUUCAAAAAGCAGUACGAGUUUCUUGAGCGACACGAGUGAUCAUUUGUGGAGGAGUGCGGCGGCGACGCUGCCGAGUAGUCGGUUCCCGGGGGAUGUGCGGCCGAGUUCGGGACGGACGCCGAGUAAACUGGAUAUGAGCUUGAUGAAGGAGCCGAGGUCGAUUCAAGGCGCGCCGAGGAUUCAGCAGGGGAAGACGAAGAGGAAGCCGGUGGCGAGUAUGUUGGGACUGUCGAGUUUGAAGAGGGAGGAGUCUUGA